UUGGUUUCAGAACAGUAGAAGCAACAAGAGGCAAAGCCUGUAAGGGGCUGGGACGGAGUAACAGUGGGCUGUAGGCAAGAAGUGCUCAUGAGGUCAGGUUGGCAUGGACACCAUCUUAGUCUUCAGUCUAAUCAUUGCAUCCUUUGAUUCCAACAAGAACGACCCCAGAGAGAGCAGCUGCCAAGUGGAACAGCUGCCCAGCUUCUUCCCAAAGGAUGUGAGAAGCCACAAGGAUUUGGUAAUAAGAGUUCUUCCAGAAAUUAACACAGACAUCAAAGAGGCUCCGUUCAAUGAAAAUCAGACUAUAACUACCCUGCAGUGCCGUGGCUCUGGGAGGAGAGUGACAGUCCAUCUUGCAUAUUCAGAGAGAAGGCCAAAGGUCAAGUAUACGCUGAAGAACCUAGGAGUCUUUGCUGAUCUCCAUAGAAACAGCACGGCCUCCCCAAGCUGUCACCUCAGGCCCACUUCCCAGUUUCAGAAUGGAUCCCUGCUAACAGCUUUCUUACCAGGGAUCUCUCACUGCAAGGUCUACCCAGCAAAGAGUAGAUCUGCUUCAUCAGAGACGGUGCCCAAUACUACCACCUCCACAACUCCUAGAAGUAAAGAAGAGAAAACUACAAGCACUGGGGGUUUCCCCAGCCCUUUAUCACAAGACACAGAUGUGUCCUUAAAGAAGAGGCAGAAAUGGAGUAUUGUCAUCAAAGCUCUGAUUGCUGCUGCUCUGCUGCUUGGGGGAGUCAUCAUUAUAGUGUUUGUCAUCUUCAAAGUCCCAUGCCCAAGUCCAUGCCUCAGAGCCAGAAGGCUGUGCCAAUGGCAAUGGCUAUGGAGAAGGGAAAGAAAGGAAGACCAGCAACCUGGGACAACUGAGUCCCAGUGGGACUCGCUGCCUGAGAAGGGAAGUAUUCUCUGUAUAGUUUGUGCCAUGCGUCUAGACAAAACAAUGUUGGACAAGAUGCUCCUAACUCUUCAGUCCCAAAGAAAACUACAGGCGUCACUAUAACCCACCAGACAUACUUCUGAGCUCGGCUUUGCCUCACUCUGAACGCCAGUGCUGUCUUCUGCACCACCGUCUCCUUACUGCAAAUCAUUACAGGCUGAAGCCCUCACACUCGUAUCUUCACGGGGACUUUAUAAUCAAAUAUAUGCCAGGACAGUGAAGGAAGACCCUGGGUCGACAGAGCUACCCUCAUGCCCUGCGCCUGACACAGACAUAAGCCUCUGUGAUUCACUUUGUACAUCCAUAAAAUGGGUUAUCUGUCCAUCGCAGCAAAUGAAGGCAAAGUCCCUGCCUCCGAGUGUUGUGAAUGACCUUGUCUUCAAUGAAAGCCGAGACACAGUCUCCAAAGAGCCGGAGCCGACAGCAUCCACGUUCCAGCUCCUCUGCUGCCCUCCCAGCUUUCUUCAUGCUCACUGGCUGUCAGCGAGCUUACACGGGGCAUCUGCUCUCCCAGGCUUAUGAUUUAAUGACUUAGCCUCUGUCAGUAUACCUGAUAAAGAGAACCCAGCAUUAAGCGUCCCAUAAGCCCUUCUAAUAAGUCAUUCCUGAAGGGUUUCAGGACAGCAGAAUAUAGCAUUGAAAUGAGAUUGGAAAAUUCAGGAUUCCUAAAGGAGGUCUGAUAUUAAGCCUUUUCUUUCCUGAUACUGUGAUUUUGGACCAACCUCCUCACAUUGCAAGUGCUAUGCCACUGGGAUGUAACUAAGCCCUUUUGUAAAGGUAACUUUUAUUUUGAAAGGUAGGUUCUCACCAGUUACCCAGAACGGGAACUCUCUUAGUAGACCAAGAACUUUCAACUAUCUUACUUCAGCCUCCCAGAGGAACUGGCAAUACAAGUGUGAACCACCAGGCCUGGCUAUGUCUUAUUUAAUUUUUAAUUUUUUUGAGACUGGAUUUUAUGUGUGUAGCCCAGGCUGGCCUCCAACUUGCUGUGUAGCUGAGGAUCACCUUGAACUCCCAACUUUCCUGCCUCUACUUCCUGUUAGGCACUAUUUUACCAAUAAGCUGUAUGUGGUUUUAAUUAAGGACCUGAAACAAAAUGAUCCCACUCACAGGGACACAGCUCUGAGUAGAAUCUGACCUGCUUAGACAAGAUUUCAGUGAGAAACCAGAACUGGGAACUGGAGCAGCUGAUGCAGUGAAUGGUGCUGUUCUGUGUUGUUCUGCUUCUUUCCCAAGAGUGUGAAACCGUUCCAACUGCUGAUGUUCCCCUCCUCCAUGUACACACUAUUCCACAUAUACAUAUAUAUUACAUGUAGCCCAGGCUAGUGUUGAACUACGUACAUAUCCCAGGAUAACCUUCAGCUCAUGAUCCUCCUGUCUCCCACUUUUCAUGCACUGAAAUUACAGUAUGUGUCACCACGCCUGGCAAGUGACUCUGUUUUCUUAGUUCUCUAGAAUAAACCGUUCCUUUCACGUCAAGUACUGUUCCCAACAGAAUUCUUGAAAGUGUACUAACUAAGCAGGGAACAAGCUGAGCCAGGAGGAAGGGACAGACACAAAACAAUGGUGAUUCAAAGUUUCCCGGAAGAGCUGGAGAACCUCUCAGAUUCCACAGAACACACUUUCAGCACACAGCAGACAGGGACAAAAGACUACGUGUGGUGUUGGAUGUGUGAGUGGACCAUUUGCACCCUAUUAGUGACAAAACAUUGCCUCGAGUUUAUCCAGACACCUGCUACUUUUCUUAGCCAUAUAUUUGAGCAAACAAACAAACAAAAAACUGGUUUUUUCCCCAGGUCUGGUAGGGAAAGUUAUUAAAAAGAUUCUAUUUGUUCUUAGGAUUAAUGCCAGCAUCCAUCUCACCCCUGCCCUCAUCCACAACAGAAUGUCCCACAACCCGAAAGUAUCAUGAGAUUUCCUAGAAGAUGAAAACCAUGGCUAAGCCGGUGCUCAUCAGUUCUGCUCUUCGGCAAGGGUGAAAUUGGGUAACAUCUGUACUGAUUUUCUUCACAGAAACUGACACAAUCAAAAUUAUGUUUUCCCUGUCAAAAGAAUCUUCUAAGGAUUUCCUCACUCCCUCAUCAGUCAACAGCUUCGAAUUCCUUCCGCAGUGGAGGGAGGAUUUUGGAAACUAGGAGAUGAGAGAUGAGAGCAGAGAAAAGGGGGGCACUCGUGUGUGGACUUUGGGAUGUGGACUUCAGUCUGAAGAUUGCUCCAGAGUCAGACACAAAUGCUCGGGUCAUCACUCUGGGUGACACUCUUAGAAAACACUUCAGUGCAACUGCCAAUGAGUCUUCUGCCAAGUGCCAAGUCUCUGUUGCAAACUCUUUCUCAUUAAAAUAUA